CGGUGGGUGGGACUUUCCCCAGCUGAGCGCCGGCCGAGUCGCACGGGUUUGAAGGGACCGGCGGCGGUUGGUUUCCCCGGCAGCCGGGGGGCCAUGGCGGGGGAGGCGGCCGGGGGGAAGGUGAAGGCUCUGGCCCUAGUGCUGGAAGAUGAGGCCCGGCGGGGCGGCUACUCGAGCGGGGACACGGUGUCGGGCCAGGUGCUGGUGGAGCUGGCGGGGCCGCUGCUUCUCCGGGCCCUGCGGCUGGAGGCCACGGGCCGGGCCUGGGCGGCCUGGAGCAAGGGGUCCGUCCGGGUCUCCUCUGCCUGGGCCCGCGGGGGCGCGGGGCGGGGCGUCCCGGGGACCCGGCGGGAGGCCGAAGUGCGGUACCUGGACAUCCGGCAGAGCCUCCUGCGGCAGCCCCCGGAAGGUGAAGAUGGCUUAUUCCUGUUAGAAGCUGGAAAACAUGAAUUCCCAUUCAGCUUUCAACUUCCACAGGAACCUUUGGUGACCUCUUUUAGUGGAAAGUAUGGCAGCAUUGAGUACUGUGUGAAAGCAAUUCUGGAAAGGCCUGUAGUACCUGAUCAAAGUGUAAAGAGAGAACUUCAGGUUAUCAGCCAUGUUGAUGUCAACUCCCCAGCUUUCUUGAUGCCUGUUUUGAGAAGCCAGGAGAAGAUGGUUGGCUGUUGGUUUUUCACCUCUGGUCCAGUCUCUCUGAGUACCAAAAUUGAGAGGAAGGGAUAUUGUAAUGAGGAAGCCAUACCAAUCUAUGCAGAAAUUGAGAAUUGUUCCUCUCGUUUGAUUGUUCCAAAAGCUGCCAUUUUCCAAACACAGACUUAUCUGGCCAGUGGGAAGACAAAGACUUUCCGUCAGAUGCUUGCCAAUGUACGAGGAAACCCUGUUGCUUCUGGGAGUACAGAUACCUGGAAUGGGAAAACUCUGAAAAUUCCACCUGUAACCCCUUCGAUUCUUAACUGUUGUAUCAUCAGAGUAGAGUAUUCUUUAGCUGUGUUUAUCCAUAUUCCUGGUGCUAACAAGUUGAUGAUUGAAUUGCCACUGGUAAUUGGCACAAUUCCAUGUACUGGGUUUUCAAGCAGGAACUCCAGUGCCGGCCAGUUCAGCGUGGACAUGAGUUGGUUGGCGCUGACCAUGCCAGAACACCCUGAAGCACCGCCAAAUUAUGCUGAUGUAGUAUCGCAGGAAGAGUUCUCUAGACAUGUUCCUGCUUAUUCACAACCAGUUGACUGUGAGGAACAAUUAUGUGGUCACAUGUUUGCCUAUAUACAGGAGUUCCGGUUUCAGCCUCCGCCUCUCUAUUCAGAGAUUGAUCCACAUCCUACUCAUAUAGAAGAGAGACAGUCUGUUUCAUUCAUGCUCUAAACAAUAUUUGAAAUAGCUGUAUUGUGAUGAAAUUGAAUCCCUUAUGCUUCAGCUGUUAGUAAAGCUAAAAGGAAACUGCUUUCCCAUUAAGAGCUUAAGUUCAGAAACAAAGUGCAAAGGCAAUUGGAGUUGGAAGUCUGAGCAUGCUUGGUGUUUAAAAGAAUCUCUUUUGGGUUAGCCUGCAUAGGAGAUGUGGAUGUCAAAUUACGUGACUGAGUGGGAGCAGCCAAGAUUCGAGGUGUGGGAAGUGUUCGAGAAUAUUCAUGAAGAAGAGAUACUACAUAAAGUUUUUUAAGGCUGUAUCAAAGAGGAAUGAAAAUGUACUUACACUUAAGGACUGCUUGGAAGAAUCUGAAUUAAAGUACAUUUGUAUCUCAAGAAUAAGAGGUACGAUAGAAUUUCCAAAAGAUUCUCUUGUGUUCCAGGGCUUCAUUUUGCACUGUCUGUAAUCAAGAGAAGGAACACUAACUAAAAUCUGGAGUUCCAGCUCUACCUCCAGCUACAAACAAUCUUCAUGGGAACAUAUUCUAACAUCAGACAAGUGGUACUAUUUCAUCAUUCAUGCUGAGUUUCAAAUUGUCAUGGAUAGCUAAUAUUUUGCCAUUACUGCAAUAUUAUGAAGGCAAGUCUUUAUUGUAUGAAAGCCAAACUACUUGGAUAACUAUGCACUGUCUUUUUUGUUUUGUUGUUUCUACCCCCACCCCCCACAAGAGAUCUCAAGGGAAUUAUUCUAGCCUCUUGUGUUCCUAUACACACACGCAAUUAGUAUCUUAAGCUUGUGGAUAGCAUGAUAAUGGGAGGCAAGGAACAGAGAAUGUCUUCUUGCCAAUAGCAGAUAUUUAUCAAAGUGGAUUUAUUCAAAAGCCUUUUAACCCUACCUCUGUUUUGGAUACCUAUUUAGGAUCAGACUGAGACCAAAAACAACAUCUAAGACUCGCAGUAAUCUGCAAUGUUCUAAAAGGGACCCUAAUUUCUGCAGUUAACAAAAAAAGAGGCAAGGGGUUUGGGGAGGAGUAUACAUUUAGUUUAGAUCUGAAGACAAAGCAGAAGGUAAAUGUAUUUUGACAGCAAUCAACCAGCAAGGGAACAAAAUCCUUCUGUAAAGGCACAUCUUUUUCAUUUGUUUUCUGUGGUUUUGUUCAAAGACCUACUCUGUCAUUGGAGGCUGCACUAUUCAUUGUUAUCCAUCCUCUAGUAUUUUUCCUGUCUUUAAUUUUGCUUUGGUGCAAUAUUUUACUAUUUUCUUCCUCAGGUCACUUAAAACAGUGAGAUUUUUUUCUUGCUGCUAAGGACGAAGGUACUGCCCUUACUGCCUUCGUCUAGAGUAGAAUGUUUUUGCGUCUUACUAAGCAUGAAUUUGUGUAUGUAAUCUGAUCGAUGACCACACUGUCAGCAGUUCACUGAGAAUACGAUUUUUCUAAUGUGCAAGUGUCCAGUUUACAAUAGUGUUAGAUACAUGGUUUUUAGAACUGCUAAAAUUACUUUUGUAUAUUUGACGAAAGGCUUUUGGGUAGAAAUGCUAGUACUCCAUAUGGUAGAACACUAUUUUUCGGUGAUUUAAAAGUAAGUGUCAUUGCAACUUCUAUCAAAAACUGCAGUUUUAAAGUGUUUAAAUGGUUUUAUAUCUUUAAAAAUCUUCACUUAAGUAACGGAUUUUUCUGCAGGCAUAUUUAUUUUCACUUUGUCUCCAUUCUUUUAGUAUGAAUUUUUUUCUUUAAUUUCUAGCUCUUCAGUUAACUAUUGACUCACCAUUGUGUAUAAUAGAUGUGGUGCUGAUGCAGAUAUAUGUAUUUUAAAACUGCAGUUUCUUUCAUUUUAAGUAUUAUCUUCUCUAACAAAUGCAGCUUUAACCAACAUUUGACUCCAUCUUUUAGAAGACACUUGGAGUUUUCUUAAAGUCCCAAGUUCAGUGUAGCGGUCAUGCGUGUUGGCGGAAUGCCCGUUUUAGUCAAUGCAGUAUUUUUAAUUUACAGCACUUUUAAAAGGGAACACACAAAUAUUGUCCUGCUAAAAUAUCAUUUGUCCUAACUAAACUGAUAGCCACACUGUUGCUGUUUAACUUUCAUGUCAGUCAUACUGAAUAUUAACCUAAGAAGAAUGAGGACUAUAAAACCUAAUGAUUGAUCUGUUACCUGGGUAGUAUGUUGGUACAAACAUGAUCAUGCAGGCACGAAUGUGUGUCAAUGAAAAGUAAAGAUGUGUCUCUAGUUUAAAAAAAAUCCUUGGUUGCUUCUUGUGUGCAGGAAAACUGUGGCCUUAAAUUGUGGCAAAAAAAAACAAAAAAAUUCUUAAAUGCACAAGAACCUUUAAGAAAAGGAUGUAAGUUUGAAGGCCCAAUUCUGCUCUGCAAUACCUAGUUUAGAGGGUGGAAUCAGGUCCUUAGUUCUGUACUUUGCACAAUAAUGAAUUCAGCAUGCACGUGGGUUGGUUUUGAUAACUGUGAAA